CCGUGUCAACGUAAUCUCUCCUUUGUCAUUUUCUGACAUUUUCUAGGCACAUUCUUCUUUCAACCACUUUUACGAAUCUGAAAACCGAACAAAGUCUACUUUCAAAGAGAAAGCAGAAAAUGGGCCAUGGAAGUUCGAAAUCAAGUUCAGUGGAUGAGUCUGAAGAUUCAUCCUCAUCCGGUGGCACAAAUUCUAAACAACAUCCGUCGUUUCGCGGAAGAAUCAAGCAGAAAUUACACCUCCACCGUCGUCCGGCCGCUUCACAACAUGCUAAACUCAACAGUCACGAGACUUUCGUUGGCAUCGCUUUGGUUACUCUUAUAAAUGCGGAAAUGAAAUUCAAGGACAAGUGGCUUGCUUGUAUAUCAAUUGGAGAACAAACGUUUCGCACUGACAUUUCUGACCAGACCAACAUGCCUACAUGGAAUUCAGAGAAAAAGUUUGUUUUGGAGUUAAAUGGCCCACACAUUGCAAAAAUAUCAGUUUUUGAGACCAAUAGACUCUCAAAGAACAACCUGGUUGGGUAUUGUGAGAUUGAUCUUUUUGAAUUUCUCAGUCGACUUUCAGAUAGUGACACUGAAGUGUUUGAUUUAUUUGAUCCAUCAUCAUCAAAUGUAGUAGUUGGAAAAAUAUCUAUCUCAUGUUCUAUCGAGGAUCCAAUUGAAACAGAGAAAAGUUUUGCAAGGAGGAUUUUGUCUAUUGUUGAUUACAAUGGUGAUGGAAAAUUGUCAUUUUCUGAGUUUUCAGAAUUAAUAAAUGCAUUUGGUAAUCAACUUGCAGCAAAAAAGAAAGAGGAGCUGUUUAAGGCAGCUGAUGUAAAUGGAGAUGGGGUUGUUAGCAUGGAUGAAUUGGCUACACUUCUUGCUGUGCAACAAGAAAAGGAGCCACUUAUGAAUUGUUGCCCUGUUUGUGGGGAGAUUCUUGAAAUCUCUGAUAAAUUGAAUUCAAUGAUUCAUAUGUCACUCUGUUUUGAUGAAGGCACUGGAAACCAAGUUAUGACUGGAGGAUUCUUGACUGAUAAACAGGCGUCCUAUGGGUGGAUGUUCAAACUAUCUGAAUGGGCCCACGUGUCAUCCUAUGAUGUAGGCUUGAACUCUGGUUCAAGUGCUUCACAUAUUGUGGUUUUUGAUCGUAAAAAAAAGAGGCUUGUGGAAGAAAUAAUCGAUGGAAAAAUUGUUUUGUCAAUGAGAGCUAUUUAUCAAUCUAAAAUAGGCCUUGGAAUUUUGGACAAAGGUGCAAAAGAAAUAUUGCAGAGUUUAUCAGAAAAGCAAGGAAAGAAAAUGAAUUUAAUUGAAUCUGCUAAAGACAUACCAACAUUUCUUGAAUUUUUUAAGGAUCAAAUCAAUUUGGCUGAAGUCAAGUACCCAAUAGAUCAUUUUAAGACAUUUAAUGAAUUUUUUAUAAGAGAGCUGAAAAUUGGGGCACGACCAAUUGCUUGUGUGGGACAUGAUGACGUGGCUGUCUGUGCUGCUGAUUCUCGUUUAAUGGCAUUUAAAACAGCUGAAGAAAGUCGUAGAUUCUGGAUUAAGGGUAAAAAGUUUUCUCUCCAAGGGCUUCUUGGUAAUUUACCAUGCUCUAAUGAUUUCAUUGAUGGAACCCUCGUGAUAUUUCGCUUGGCACCACAGGAUUACCAUCGUUUCCACUUUCCAGUUUCUGGAACUAUUGAGCAGAUUGUUGAUAUACCUGGAUGCUUAUACACAGUUAAUCCCAUUGCUGUGAAUAGCAAAUAUUGCAAUGUUUUCACAGAGAACAAACGGGCUGUAUCUAUUAUAUCAACUUCAGAUUUUGGCAAGGUAGCAUUUGUGGCAAUUGGAGCAACAAUGGUCGGAAGCAUCUCUUUCACUAAAAAGAAAGGAGAUUAUGUUCAGAAAGCAGAUGAGUUUGGUUAUUUCUCUUUUGGUGGAAGCACUGUCAUCUGUGUCUUCCAAAAGGAUUCAAUAGCACUAGAUGAGGACCUUUUGGGUAAUAGUGCAAGGUCUCUGGAAACCCUAGUUACAGUUGGAAUGCAAUUAGGGGUUUCCAUAAAGAAACACACCGAGGUUCCAUUGCCAGAUAUCAACAACUGUGUUUUAGGCGCUUAAAAAUGUAUAACCUUUUUCACUACACUGUGUAUCAAACCUACUUCA